AUGAAGUCCUUCAUCGCACCCGUGUCCCUCCUCUGCCUGGGACUGUCGGCCAUGGGCAACGCCGCCAGGGCCCCAGUCAAGGCCAUCGCUCGUCGCGCAGACUUCUGCGAUCAGUGGGGCACAACCACAACGGACACCUACAUCCUCUACAACAACCUCUGGAACGAAGCCCAAGACCCCUCCGGCACGCAGUGCACAGGGCUAGACUCGAGCAGCGGCAGUAAGAUCGCGUGGCACACCUCGUGGUCGUGGGCCGGUGCCACGAACCAGGUCAAGAGCUACGCCAGUGCCUCGCUGCAGUUCACUCCUAAGACGCUGAGUGCUAUUAGCAGCAUCGAGUCCGUUUGGGACUGGAGCUACUCGACUACCGAUAUCGUCGCCGAUGUCGCUUACGACAUGUUUCUCAGUUCUACUGCUGACGGCAGCGAGGAGUACGAGAUCAUGGUGUGGCUUGCGGCUCUGGGCGGUGCGGGCCCGAUCUCGAGCACUGGCAAGGCCAUCGCGACGGUUACUAUCAAUGGUGUCGAAUGGGAUGUGUGGGUUGGUCCCAAUGGCCAGAUGACUGUUUACAGCUUCGUCGCCAAGUCGACCGUUACGAGCUUCUCCGGUGACCUGUUGAAGUUCUUUACGUACCUUGUCAACGACCAGGGUCUGAGCAACAGCAAAUACUUGAUUGAUGUGCAGGCUGGCACUGAGCCUUUCACUGGUACUGCUAAGUUGACUGUUUCUUCUUACUCGGUCGCUGUUGUUUAA